AAUGUAAACCAUUAAUAUUAAUUUUCCGUUGUAUAUAUUACAAGUUUUAUGACAAACAAAGAGACUUGCCAUAGAGCUGGAGACUAAUCUUCAUUUUUUUAACUUUUAAAAAUAGAUUACAAAACUACUCCGAUAGCUUUCGCUUUACAUCAUCAUGCACAUCCUUCUCCUCACCUCGAUAUAUCUCUCCGCCGCGUUAUGGGGAACGCUGUUUCUUAUGCCGCAACAAACAAACGCGGCUCGAGCGUUCUACGUGUUUGGCGAUUCACUCGUGGACAGUGGUAAUAACAAUUACUUAGUCACCACCGCUCGUGCCGAUUCUCCACCGUACGGUAUCGAUUAUCCGACUGGUCGUCCAACCGGUCGUUUCUCCAACGGCUUGAACCUCCCCGACAUCAUUAGUGAACAAAUUGGAUCUGAGCCUACAUUACCGAUCCUUAGUCCUGAACUCACCGGAGAGAAGCUAUUGGUCGGAGCUAAUUUUGCCUCUGCCGGCAUCGGAAUUCUCAACGACACGGGCGUUCAAUUUCGGCUUUAA